CAGCUCUGCAGCGACUGCAGCGUCUCGCGCUGCCUGCUCUUCCACGCGCGUCUACGCGAGCGCUGUGAUGUGAAUAUUAAUGAUGUUGCGCGAAUCUCCGCGCUCAUUUUCACCGCUUUCAGCCAUCUGAGAGCUUAUCCUCUAUUCUUGGACGCCUUGCUUGGAUUUAUCAUAUCUUCUGCUAUAUUUUGACCACCUGUCAUUUAUCCGUGAUAGACACAUACGGAGGGCUAUUUAUUCGAUACCACUCAGUAACUCCUACUGUUGGUUGGCUUGGCACGCAACGUCCUCGUCUUGUAUCGCCAUCUGUACCCUCUCCAUACAGAGCUGCAUGACCACCCUGCAGAACUACUACCCCUAGUUUGGUCCUGAGAGAGGCGUCUUUUACUGUCAUGUGAGCCUAAUUCUGAUUCUUUAUAAACUGUAGAGAGGAAGUUUCAAGAUCAGCAUGGCAGAAGCCCCUGUUGGUGAGGACACACCCAAAGAGCAGGAGAGUGCCACCCCACCUACCCGUGACCCCUUUCCGGGGCUUGGUGCUGCUCUGUGGGGGAGAAUACUGAAAGCCAUUGUUACAGCUGGAGCUUUCCUCCUGCUAUACACAGUGUCUCAACUCACUGGUUUGUGGGUCCUUUACAUGCUGAAUGGAUACAGGGCUUUUCCAGCAGCACACAAAGUUUUGGAUCUCCUUCAGUACCUUCUCUCCACCAGUGAUGCCUCUGAUCAGCAGGAUGAGAUUUGGAGGGUGGAGAGUUUGUUGCCCCUCAUAGCCACACUCUUCUUAGGCAUAGUCAUCCUUGGUACUGGAACGCUGUUCUGCAUUAAAACCCUGGUGCCUGACAACCCCUCUUGUUUCCCUGAAGACCGGCGUCAGUCCAUGAGCAGGCAACCCUCCUUUACAUAUUCAGAAUGGACAGAUGCUAAACAGGAGGAUUUCUAUGAGUUGGAUGCUGUUCCUGAGACACCGGUGUUUGACUGCUUUAUGGACAUGAAGACUGAGUCUGACCUGGCUUCCCUCACGGUCAAGUCUGUGGGCUUGCAGGAAAGGAGAGGUUCAAAUGUGUCGCUGACUCUGGACAUGUGCACCCCUGGUACUACAGAGCCCUAUGAAGCAUUGCUGUCCCCCAGAGAGCAGAGCACACAUGAAUACCUGCAGAAUGCAUCCAACCUGCUUACACCUGAGGAGCUACACAAGCGCGCUCUGGACGAUGCUGUCCUGCAGGCUGAGUUCUAUGAGACACCCAUGAACUUUGUGGAUCCAAAGGAAUAUAACAUUCCUGGUGUGGUGAGAAAGAAUCGCUACAAAACCAUACUACCAAACACACAUAGCAGAGUUUGCUUAAAAGCACAAGAGGAGGAGGAUUUUCUUAGCACCUACAUCAAUGCAAAUUAUUUGAAGGGCUACGGAGGGAGAGAGAAGGCGUACAUAGCCACACAGGGUCCUACAGUAAACACAGUGGGGGAUUUCUGGAGAAUGGUUUGGCAGGAGCGCUGUCCCAUUAUUGUCAUGAUCACCAACAUCGAAGAGAAAAAUGAGAAAUGCACAGAAUACUGGCCAGAGGACAGUGUUACUCGUGAGGGUAUCAAGAUCACUGUCGAACACGUCAUCCAGGCAGAUGACUACAGUCUGAGGAUUUUCACUGUGAAGAGUGAGGGUGAGGAGCGUACUCUCAGACAGUACUGGUACACAUCCUGGCCGGAUCAAAAAACUCCAGAUAAAGCUCCACCUCUGCUGGAAUUGGUUCAGGAAGUGGAGGAAGCAAGGAAACAGGCUCCACCCAAUAGUGGCCCUGUCAUUGUCCACUGCAGUGCAGGGAUUGGACGCACUGGCUGUUUCAUUGCUACCUCCAUUUUGUGCCAGCAGCUAAGCAAUGAAGGGGUGGUUGACAUCCUGAAGACCACUUGCCAGCUACGCUUGGACAGAGGUGGGAUGAUUCAGACAGCAGAGCAGUAUCAGUUUGUUCAUCAUGUACUCAGCCUUUAUGAAAGACAGCUUCGGAAGACCUCAGAAGAGUAGAGCCUCCAUGAGUGCACAACCUUCACACCACUCCUCACAGAGCCGAUGACCGUCAUCUGAACAUAUGCGGCAAGGAUUGACGUUCAAUACUUCAAAUCUCAUGUCUUUACAUACAACAGAAGUUUAGGUUGAGCUAUCUUUUUAUGAGCAGGCCAAAUAUUAGAUUUCAGAUGAUCCUUAAUUCCACCUGCCUGCUCUCCAAUCUACUUGGCCAAAACCCAAAUCUCAAGCCUAAUCAAGAUACCACCCAGUUAUUAAACAUACUUUUUUCUAUUCAUUACCAUUAUAGUAACAUAAAUUAGUAAUUUAUAAAAUACACAAUUAGUGCCCUAAUAACAUCAUAAUUCUCAGCAGACCAUAAAUGCUCAAACACAACAAUAUUUGUAUGUGUAUAUACUUCAUAUGAAGUGACUUGGUAUGAACACAAUAACAAGAUGACACCAAGGCCUCCGUUUGGCUGAGAUUAUGUAAAUGUAACAUUAUGGAUGAUUUCUGAUUUCUGAGCCUACAAAUACAGCAAUGUCCUUUUACUGCGAAGACAUUUUUACAGGAUUUAUAACUUAAUGUAACUAUAAGAUUCGUUGUAAAGUGUGUGUGUGUGUACAUAUAUUGGUCUCACAUGUUGAAAGAGCAACCUCUUGGCAAUCUGAACUGUCAGUGUGAAUGUGUGCGUGAGUGAGUGAGUGAGGGAGUGUUAGUGCUACAGAGAGAAGAGAGAAAGAGAAAAUGUUUACUAUGUGUAAUGAUGAUUAUCAGACUCCAGAUGUGUGGUUGGUCUCUAGGGAGAGGUAAACCUACCACAUUUAAUACAAAAUGGCCUUAAUAUGUGUCUUUCUGUUCUAACUGGGGUCCAUAUGGUUGUUUGUAGAUGUUGUUGGGCAGAUAUGAUGGUUGUGUGGUGUUAUAGCCUGUCUCAAUAAGUAAGAUUGGGAGAGAGACCAAUCUCAGUACAGAAUGAUAUACAUUUUAUCUGAGCAACCCUUUGCCUUCUUUGUUUAUGUGUUGUUGGAUGCUAUAUCUUGUAAAAGGUUUUAGUUGGGCUCUACAAAGCAUUGAUGCUGCACCUCAAGGUUUUACUGUAUGUAUCAAAAUGCCGAAACACUGUAUUCAACUAAUGUUCAAUUUGUAAAUCAUAGCUCGUAUCAAUAGCAGAAAUCAUGACAAUGGGACAUAGUUGUGAUGCUCUAGACAUCCAGGUUACUGUGACUCAUUAUUCUAUUUAUUUUAUUCACUUGUUUUACUCCUCUUACAAAAUCAUUGUUUCUAUGUGGGUCUGCGUAUCGGAUUAGUUAAUAUGUAUAAUCCGUAUUUGCCCAAGUUGGCAGCUUGUACAGCUUUGCUGAGACUUGCAGUUUGCAUGAGCAAGUACAUUUUGAACUUCUUUUUAAUUAUGAGCAAAAGAAUUUCGAAAGUAUAAGCAGACGUCUGUGUGUGAUUGUUUGCAAAAGCUUCUCAUACAGCAGCAUCUCUGCUGUUGGAAUAAGCAUCUUCAGUCGAUGACCUCACAUGAUCCAGCUGGAAGUACAACACUGGAAUUCGAAUGCAAGUUACGAAUCCUCCAACUUUCUUUUAAAAGAAAGUUACUGCUACUACUAUCCCAAUGGUCCUCAAAAUGAUGUUUCCAUUCAGGCAGCUCUACGCUGAAAUUAGGAGGUUUACAGAAGCUCGAAAACACCCCCUUGUUACACAAGAGAUUGUACUGGCUUUUUAGUAUUGUUAGUAUUGUUAGUUCAAGGCUUCAAGAUAGUUUGCCAGAAAUAAGAAUGUGCUUUAAUUGCUGCUGUUAUCAUAGUCUUUUUAUUAUUGCAGAAAUGCUUUUGUGUUUAAGUUGGAAUUGAGUGACUGAAUGUUAUUAUUUGUUUUUAAUUAACUGACAUAUUAGUCCUAUUUAUUGAAAGAGUUUUGUCUCUAUGUUUUGUGCUGUUGUUAAACUGCCAAAGACUGUAUUGAUUGGUCCAUACCGCAAAAGCUGAAAAAUAGAAAUCUAGAAAUCAAACAAUUCUAUGUUUCCAAACUUUGAAAACCGUAGCCAGUUUGAAGAUUGUGUACAUGUAUUAAAACCAGCAUUUAUAUAUUUUUAUCCUGUUUUUUAAAAAUGAAGAAUCUGGAUUCCCAUAGCAAAACCUGUUCUCUCACUAACCUGUCAUCCCUUGAUUAUAUAUUUAUUUAUUUAUUUAUUUAUUAUGUUGUACUGGUUUAAUAUUAUCUGGUGUUGUUCUCUCUGCUUUUGCAGAGUGCUUUUGACACAGCUUCUUCAUCACGCAUUAUAAGAGUGUAAAACAUUACAGUAAAUUGAAAGUGAUUUGCAAUAUUUUUGGAUUCAAAUGUUUUAUUGAAGUUAUUAUCCAUCUGCAUCUUUUUAUGGAACUAUCAUAGUGUUUUAACUGUCAUUUAUGGACAACUGUACGUCCAGCAAAACAGCUAAAUUAUUCCCACUGGUACUCUUUUGUUUUAGAUUAUUAGAUUACGAGGUCACAGUUUGUGUUUUACAAAGAAAAUGUAUUCUAAUGUAAAACUGAUGCAAAGCUUUUCUAGAGAUUAGAGGACUAAUACAAGCACUAUCGACAGCAUUUUUGGCACAGAAAUUUAUUUUGAGUUCCGUCUUUAUAGGGCUUGAAAAUUAUAUAAAAUAAUUUUCUGUGAUAAUCAAAAUUAUGCCACAAAUAGUGUUGAUAGUUGAGCUUGUAUUGAACCCUGAACAUUCCUUUAAGGAAUAGAUUUGAAAUUUUGAACCAAAUCUCUGUGCAUCUGUUACAUGCUGUUUGUCACCCCGAUGGGUCAUUGACAGGUUCUGUACUGUGUCUGCCAGGACAACCUUGCUGAAAUUAUUUUCCAGUCACUUUUCAAUUUCAGGACAAUUCUAUUAAAGUUUGUCAGUACUCAUUUAGUGUGUUUGUUCACAAGACUUUUUAAAUAAGUGUAAACUAUGCCCUUUGUAGUCUUAAUUAACAGGGCCCACAAAUAUAACAGGGAAAACCUAAUUUAUUUAUUUAUUUAUUUUUAUUAUUUUUAUUUUUUGGAUUUACUAAUUUAUUCUUUCUGUAAAACAAUGUAUCUUCAUGCAUUCAAUGCAUGCAGCAAUCUUUAUCAGGGUCAAAUCAAAGUAUUUCAUAAAAUUCAGUACUGUUAGUGUUAGCUGAAUAUUAAUUUGAAUAAUUGAAUAUCUUUAUCAAUGUCUGAUUCAUAGACUGGUAGAGAAGGGCCGGUAUUGCAGUUUAGGGGAGUCACGCCCCUCCCCAGCUCACUGCCCACUCACUCUCAGUCGGACCCACUUCCUACAGAACACUCCAUCUGUCAGGCCCGUCUGUGUUGCCAGAGAAGAGUAACAGACACAUAGGCACCAGCAGACAAGUAUAUCAUACAAACACAUACACACACAAAUUAAAUCUUGGGCCAAACUAGCUUGCAUUAAAACCACAAAACAGUCAUUUUAAUACUGUAUAUUUUCCAGAGAAUCUGGAGUGUGCUCUUUUAUGAUUAAAUGAAUUUUAUUUGAAUCAUCAUGAACUACUCACUACCAGCAUAGUAUGUCUUUAUGCACUACUGUACAAAGCUAAAAACAAGCACAAAGAUGAAAUACUGAUUUUUGAAUGUGAAUGCAGAGGUCUUAAUCUCUGAGAUUUCAAUGCCACCCAAGUAUUUGACCUUUUUCUUUCUUAUUUCACCCAAAAUAUUUUCAAGAUUUUUGUUCAGAAACCAUGCAUUGAACAGUGUUUUAAUAUUUUAUGCUUAUUUAUUGUCCUGUGAUUUUGUUUGAAGUAUUUAGCACCCUUCAGUCUCAAAAAAGAAAAAAGAAUGUUUUUGUUUAAUUUUAAUCCUGUUCUAUAUUGAAAUAGAUGUAGUUUGGAAAAUACAGUUUGCCUCAUUGCUUUCGUAUUGUUCCUCUGCUGUUAAGAUCCAAAUAGAAUGUAACAUGACUACGUUUACAAUAUCAUGGCUUGUAUUAUUGGUAUAUGCUUUAAUUUUUAAAUAAAAAUACCUUUCUGUUAAU